ACCACGUUUGCUUACAAAUGGUUUAAAUUACUCAGAGAACUUUACCUGUAAAGUCACCAGGCUAAGUGAAGUUGCACGCCUUUGCCUACGGCAUGAAUUAAAUGAACACCAAGUAUUUCCCUCUACCAACAACCAGUAAAAGACUGCAGUGCUUGUCAAAGGAUUUCAUUUAAGUAUAUUUUGCAACCAAUCAGAUUGCAGAAGUGUCCAAGCAAAAAGUGAUAUAAGAAACCAGAAGCUGAUCUGAGCAUCUAAGGAAACUACAAGUCCGUUUGGAACUAGUAUUUAUCCUUUUUCACACUGACACCAAUGUCACGAUUAGCACAUUAUCUCCUUCUCUCUGCUGGGUUGUUUCAGCUGCACAAGGGUGUGAAUUGCAAGGAGAACCCGAAUAUUGAUACUGCAGUUAAACUUCAGGACGUAAUCAAGCUGAAAUGUGCGCAUCCUCGGAGGAGCAAUUUGAUCCAGUUGUCCUGGGACAAGAAUGUAAAUGGCAUGAAGCAGAAAGUUGCUCUCUAUAAUCCUCAACAUGGAGGGCACAUCGUUUUUCCAUAUAACAGAACUGUUAAAUUUUUGUCAUCUUUCAAAAGUGGAGAUAUUAUGAUGAAUGCAUCAGCUGCAGAUGAGGGCAUUUAUCUAUGUUCCAUUGACACUUUUCCUGAUGGGAAAUUACAGAAGACAAUUGAAGUAAUAAACCCAGCAAAUUUUCCUAGCAGUCGAGCAGUGGACACCUACGUGACCUUGGUCCCAGGGAGCAAUAUGACCUUAUUAUGUGAAUAUCCAAUUGGGAGGCAUGUUGAACAGGUGAUGUGGAAAAAAGUGUCCAAAGAAGAAAUAAACACAAUAGCAAUCUUCAAACAUGCAUCAUCAUUCAUUGGCUACGACUACAAGGAAAGAAUCCAAUUUAACGACUCUACAAACAACAGUCUGACCAUACAGAAUGUGAUGUCAAUCGACAUUGGAAGAUACCAUUGUGAAGUUAUCACAGAUAAUGGUAACUGGACCAAAGUCUUUGAUACUGGUAUGGAAAAAGGCAAUGAAAUGCUUCUGGUUAUCAGUGCAGUUGCUGUUGGGAUCCUUUUCUUGAUAUUGAUCGUUGGCUGUGUGUGGAGGAGAAAGAAAUGGAAGAGGGCUAAAAGAGUGUUAAAAAGCAAGAGCACCGAAAGAAAUCAGCAAAGAAGAGUCAACCAAAACAGCUAUGCCUUUACUACCACCUCUGACCACAGAAGUUGUAGGGCUGCAGAAAAUCAAGACACUUACGUUAACCUGCCACACCGUAUGCAGACAGGCAGACCAAGGACCUGUCAAUGAUGUCAUUAACAGAAUGCAGACCAACCUUCAUCAACCACAGGCUGCUCUUUGUUUGUGUUUUUACAUCGUUCCAUAACAAAUUGCUCACUCUAAAGAGUGAGCAUGACUGUGAUUUUCUGUACUGCGGGUUUUGAAAGUAUUUAGUCUGUUUUGAUAAUAAAUAUCUUUGACCAUUAUUUUUAACUGUUAAAAUUUGUUAUGGUUUACAGGAAAUAAAAGUGUUUGUUUCUAAGAAAGUAAACCAACCUAAUUCUUAAAGAGUUCUAAGCAUAUUCAAAAUUUGGAUGUAAGUAUAAGCUUUUCCACUUUGUAACAUAUUUUGCUAUUAAGGCCACAUCCUUACGUGUUUCUCUUAAAUGCCCAGAGAAACUAAAGUUAAUGAAUUUACUUCAGAAUAAAUAGGGAUUUUAACCAGAUUAUCAUUCAAGAUUCAAUAUCAUCAUACUACUGUUUGUUUUUCAUCAUAAAGGUUGUUUGUUCAAAAUGUGAGUUCUUAAUUUUAGUCCUCUGUUUAAGAUCAGAGACUCAAAUAAGAGCUCUUUAAUGAACCAAUGGGCAAAAGGCAGGAAGUGGAAUGAAAAUGUAAACAUGUGAGAUUUGUGUAAGAAAUAUCACAAUGAUAUUGCAGAAGAUGACAGUAGGGGCUGAAUAAAUUGUUGCCGAAAUGGCUAAUGUAUUGAAAGGGCAGUCAUUAGGUCAAAGAAAGGCCCUUCGCCUUUUGAUCUGCGGAGUGUUUUUAAGAGGUUCUGGUUGUGUUGAACACUAGAGUGUUUGUUACUGCUUUUAUGGGGCUUGGGGAAGCUGAAGGUACAGGAACAGAGGGGAAUGCAACCUUUAGUGGAAGUUAUUCUGGAUCUCAUAUCUAAUGAAGGAUAGGACUCAAAAAAUGUAAAGGAGAUACUGGAGUUGACUGGUAAAUGCAUGGAUUGAGAAAGAGAUAGACGAGACAGACAAACUUUUAGAGGAGAAAGUAAUGCAUGUUUCUGGUGGAUUGGAUAUGGAGAAGGAGGCUAAACCUGAUGUGAAUUUUGAACUUAAUCUGAGUUAGAAGUAGUCAGCAAUGGUAGAUUGAUACUUAGUUGGAAGAAAAAUGGAUUAUUACCAUUUUAAGAUAAGGCAAUCAAAUGAAGAAACCAUAAUAAACACUAGAGGUUCUUCAGAUGCUGGUAAUCCAGACUAAUACACACACAGAAUGGUGGAGGAAGUCAGCAGGUAAGGCAGCAUCUAUGGAAAAGAAUAAAGAGUUGACAUUUCUGGCUGAGACCCUUCAUCAGCUGAUUGCUCAGCAGAACAACAAAUGGCCAACAUACUCCAAGACAAGUACAACAACAGCCAUUCUUACCAUCUACCCUGCAGCCCCCCACCCCCCACUGAGGAUCAUUAACCCUGUACUUGAGGCCUACCAACUGUGUUCCUUGACCUCUGGGAUCACAGGACUUCAUCCUCAGUGUCUGCCAACCCAAGCUCCGUUCUCGGAGAUCACUGGAAUCCAACAUCCAGACCUGCUGACAUUGGACCUCUGGACCUGCCCCACAUGGACCUUUGACCCCAUGACUCACUGACAUCAGAGGUCAUUGGCCUUCAUCCUCGGGGCUUCAGGAGUGUAUGAGAACACUUGGCACAUAAAUGGAAGGGUAUGGACAUUGUGUAGGCAGAAGGGAUUACUUUACUUGGCCAUUUGAUUUCUAAUUUAAUUGGUUUAGCAAACAUUGUGGGCCAAAAGUCUUGUUUCUGUGUUGUACUAUUCUAUGUUCCAUAUUAUAUGCCCAUUUUAAAUGGGCAUGUCCAAGAAUAUGGUUUUGUUGCAUAUGUUCUUUAAGCUAUCCCACAUUCUAUAUAGUGCUUUUAUAUUAUUUUUACUGGCAUUUAAAAUUCACAGUAGCUGACAAGAGUGGAGCUGGGGUAGUAAUAUACAGAUGCUUGUUUUACUUUUAAGCAGCUUUAUUUGACUUGCUUCCAAAACUUUGUUUAAUAAACAUGUUUAAUUGAAAUUAAUUUUAUUGGGUAAUGUUACAUAGUGUCAAAUACUUUCACAAUAAUAAGGCAAAUGCAGUUAUUUGAGAAAUUGAGGUCUAAAGGUGACACUUUUAUAUAGUGUGUUAAAGGUGAUGGUUUGUACAUUAUCAACUGACUUUUAUGUUGUUUCUUGUGUAACAGACAAAUGUAUUAUAUAUAAAAUAAAGACACAAAUCUGAAACCAUUG